AUGGAGAGGAAGAGGAAGUUGCCCGCCAGGGCUGCGGCGCGUGUCGAACACGUCGCAAAGAAGCGCACCGUCACCCCUCCCGAGCCUCGAUCCGUUACGCCAGCCCCAGCACCUGUCGAGGAGCCCCCUCCACCGCCCCCUUCGCUCCCAAAGUCCAUUCAGGCUGGGAAGCCGUUGCCGACUGUUGAGGAUGCCCAGCCCGAUGACCUUCCCGCGAGGGAGUAUCAGUCAUUUCAAGAGAGCGGUGUUCUUGCUGAAUCGCUGAGUCGGUCGCGACACAAAUGGCUGGCCGAGGGCCUAUUCGAGAAGUACUGGACAAAGCCUGGACGAAAGAAAAACGCAAUAGAAGACCCCAAGAAUCCACCCAAAGAUACCAUGAGCAAGAUUGGGCCCUGCACAAUCACGAUCGAGCCGCACGUUUUCGAUGUUACCCUUUGGGCGAUCAAGGACCCAAAACCUCCCGCACCCACCACGCAAGCUACCUUUCGGCCGAUCCUGCAAUAUGGUCCUCCUAACGGAGCUAUGCCACCUCCACCUACAUCGGCACCCACGAAUCCAGGACCUUCACUCGCCCCUAAUGACUCGAAGCCGACACCUUCCGGCCCGAGUCCGGCUUCCCCGUCACCUGCUCCCCAGCAACCACCGUCCAGGCCGCCCUCGUCGGCUGCGAAAGAGCCACUCAAAGUCAUGCCUUCGCCGCGCAGUUUGGAGCCUCUGCGGACUGCCAGUGCGACACCACCUCCACCGCGGCCGGCAGCUCCAUUGGUCCCGGCGAUCACGGCACCGGCGCCAGCUUCAGCGGCGUCACUGGGAAUGCCAUCAUACCCUGCUGCAGCUUUGGCCGCAGCACCUUCAGUACCUAACUCGCGGCCAUCAAGCUCAACACCGACGCCGGCACCGGGUGCCGCAAGGCCUGCCCCGGCGGCGAAACCACAGGGAACCGAUCCCAUCAUUAUGACGUUGGCAGAAAAAGCUUCCGAAGAUCCCCAUUUGCGAGACUUGAUGAAGCGGGUCGCGGCGGGUGAAGCAAAGCCGGACGAGUUGAGCAACUUUCAAAAGAUCAUUGAUCAAAUAACGGCAGAGUACAAGAGGAAAGGAGGGCAACAGGGCCCUUCAGCAGAUAGGCUAUUGGUCGAUGGAAGGACAGUAAAGUAUUUUGCUGAUGAGGUGCGGACCAUUCUGGAUAUCGUACUGGCCACAAACCCACGGCAAAAAUCGGCGGAACUGCUUCCUCCACGCGGAAGCGAUCCUUUGGUUGUGGCCUUGGUGAGGGCGGCUCUGGAUGAUGCCAAGUUGCGAGCAAUGAUUCGACGGAUAGCUGACAACCAGCCUGGUUUCACGGACGCGACCGAUCUCAAGGCAUCUCUCGACAAGUUGCACAAGGAACUCAAGAGUGCGCAAAACACUCCGGCGCCUCAGACCCCGACAACGCAGACUGCCGUCAACGGCACACCAAAUGGACACGCCGUCAAACCCGCGAUAGCCGCGCCUGCUGCUUCACCGGCAUCGACCCCAGCUCCUGUAACAGCCCCGCAGGUACAGCAUCCUCCGCAGCAAGCAUUGCGAUCAAAAGGUCCUCCGCCACCCACGAGGCCUGAAAUUUCAGGCGUCUGCCUUGAUUUUGCUGGUGGAAAUGGCGAUCGUUAUCUGUUCCCGAAAUACAGCAUUCUAGAGUAUCUUCCCGGCGGGCAGCAGGCUGUUGCUUCGUUCCUCAUCGUUCGCAAGGGCAGUCAGCUCGAGUACGGAGGCGAUGCCAAGCUCGACUACUACCAGCCGGUCACGGUUCGGCUACACGCUCAUUCAGCACGUCACCUCGAGUACCUGCAGCGAGCGGUGGCACCCCAGGAAGAAGUCAUGAGGUACAUGGACGACGUCAUGGACAACAUGACAAGGGCCGAAUACGUCCUCCUCGCUAUGCGCUUGCCACGAGGAGAGCGAGAGCCCGACAGUGAGCAGAAUGGCAAAGAUACCCCUGGCCCGAGCGGCCAAGAUGCGAGACCAGAGUCAACAGCACCCGAGCACCCGGCUCCCAAGCAGCAGUCAGUGCUAUGGGGACCCGUGACGUCGAAAUUUGUUCGGAGUUUCAACAAGAAGUGGUUUGAAGAGUGGAAGAGGACCGAAAAGACUGCCGGCAGAAAGCCCUCGGCGGCAGACGAGGUCUUCCAGGCGUCCUGUGAGGCCGUGGGCCGCGACCCCCUGGACAAGGACAUAGAAUACGAGAAGAUGAUUGAGCUCUUGGCGGCUAAGGACUCCGAGUCGUCAUCAUCUUGA